UUCUGAUACAAGACCCCUUAAUUAUUAGAAAAUCCAAAGGCAUUCUAAUAAUAAAAUGAAGCUUUGCUACUGCGUUGUUCACUUUACAAUUAUACAUACGCCAGGCAAUCGAUUUUUUAAGAUGCUAAGGGCGAUCAAGCGAAUUUUGACGAUGGCGGCGGCGUGCUAGCCGUUCACCUUGACACUCAAUCGCACCUUGCGUUGACUUUGUUUGAGAUGUGAACUCGCCAACGACCCGUGAAGGCCGUUUUGCCGUAGGCAUCUGACACUAUCGGCCAGUCCACUCACUAAAUAAGUAAAGCUCGAACCCCACUUUCGGUUCUUUCUACCCGCAUAGAGCUCACAAUAAUGAUAGAACGACCCCGACUGUUCUCCAUCCAGGAUAAUUGAGGGGAAAGAGAUCGAGUUGUUGGCGCAGCAAGCGUGGCAGCUAUGUGCACUGAUGCGUCAAAUAGCCGAUCAAUUGGCGUGUGGCGAGUGUGAUUCAGUUUUGUGUUAUGUUCUCUUUACAAAGGCGCGUCCAAUAAUUGCAAACUGUAGUAGAACUUCGGGUGCACUAAACGUGGGGUUCCACCGCCGCUUGCUAGCGCUUUUGAUGCAGACAGCCUGGACCUACAGUUUAAUGCAACGGUAACGUUGAGAAAGCAAUCGACAUUUGAAAAAGCUCUCACAAAAUUGCGUACGAUGCUCGCAUAUCCGCGUCCACCUUUUACUACAACAAUUCUUCAUUUGGUGAGGACUCAACUGCAGUAGUGACGAGCUUAGUU